AUGGCGGAGGUAAAUGGCGGAGUGACAGCCGCGGCUACCAAUCAGCAGAGGGCACGGCGGCCAAUCAGAGCCUCAGUUGAGUCAAUCAAGGGGACCCGGCAGGAGAAGGCUGAGAGCGGGUCCGAGCCCGGCAUCAUCAUCUCCAUCCCCUGUGUGUGUACAGAGCCCGGCAUCAUCAUCAUCUCCAUCCCCUGUGUGUGUACAGAGCCCGGCAUCAUCAUCUCCAUCCCCUGUGUGUGUACAGAGCCCGGCAUCAUCAUCAUCUCCAUCCCCUCGUCCACCAUGACGGAGCUCCUCCUGGAUUCCAACAUCCGGUUGUGGGUGGUGCUGCCCAUCGUCUUCAUCACCUUCUUCGUGGGAAUGAUCCGCCAUUACGUCUCCAUCCUCCUCCAGAGCGACAAGAAACUCACCCAGGAGCAAGUGUCCGACAGACAUUCAUGGUCAUCCUCCUCCUCUUCUAUAUUGCAGUCCUUCCUGACGAGGAAAUUCUACUUCAAUAACGCAGAGGACGGAUUCUUCAAGAAGACGAAGCGGAAGGUGGUGCCGCCCUCUCCAAUGACGGAUCCCACAAUGCUGACCGACAUGAUGAAGGGAAAUGUCACCAACGUGCUGCCCAUGAUCCUCAUCGGCGGGUGGAUCAACAUGACCUUCUCGGGGUUUGUGACGACGAAGGUCCCGUUUCCGCUGACUUUGCGCUUCAAGCCGAUGCUGCAGCAAGGAAUUGAGCUGCUGUCUCUGGACGCCUCAUGGGUAAGCUCCGCCUCCUGGUACUUCCUCAACGUCUUUGGCUUAAGAAGCAUCUACUCGCUGAUCCUUGGGCAGGAUAACGCUGCUGACCAAUCACGCGUCAUGCAGGAGCAGAUGACCGGCGCUGCCAUGGCGAUGCCGGCCGAUACCAACAAAGCUUUUAAGACGGAGUGGGAGGCUCUGGAGCUGACGGAUCAUCAGUGGGCGUUGGACGACCUGGAAGAAGAACUGAUGGGGGCGGACCUCAACUUCAAGGGGAUGUUCAAGCGAGAGCUGCAGACGGCCAUCUUCUGAGUCCUGGAGUU